UCAGGUGUAAAAAUAAAGCACACUGAUCUAUCUAUCUAUCUAUCUGUCUAUCUAUCAUCUAGACAAUUUUUACCCAAAUAAAUCAAGGUUGCUUAUUCAAGUGAUAGCUUCCUGAGCAAACAGCGCAGGAAGUGUUUCGCAAGAUUGACAUGGCUCCGCGGUGACAACUGGAGUGUUUUUACACCUGCUUUCUAAAUAAGGACGCGGCCCGUCAGGCAUAUGACCGCCGCUCCAAUUUGGGAGCUGCCAAAGAGUCCAUCACGUCCCACACUCUCCUGUGAGCUCUCACUCUCCCUGGGCUCCUCGAUUGCGUGGAUUGACAGCGAUAUAUAUAUAUAUAUUUGCGUAGUGCUGCAGAGCGCGCAUCGAUCGCUGGCGCUCAACUUUUCUUCGCCCAUCCCCUCCGUUCUGCAUUACACUUAACGGGCCGGUGGCAGCGGUGAGGACGUGAGGUCAGCGUGAUGUCAUCCUUAAGGUGGGUGAUGUCAUCUUGAAGAUCUCCCAGGCAAGGUGAGCUUGCAUUGUGGCGAGUGUGUGGUGCUCCCCACGCCAGCGUUUGUCCACCGGGAGAGGUGAAACAUGGUAAUCAUCAGCACCGCCGCCACCAGCUCAAGCUCCGCCGCCCUGCUCUUCUCAUCUACCGAGGGGCUUAUUGCGUUACACGCCCGCAGCCCCGACCUGCCUUCCAAAAAUAAGCACCUGCCACCAUGCCGAAAGAAGAAAAACAAGAGUGGUAUUUUUAGGGUCAUUAAUUUUGACCACGUGCCCCGAGGGUAAACCGGAUGGCCACUGCGCAAAGGCUCCUCAUCAGUAUGUGCGAGACCAGCGGGCGAUGGACGUGGACUGCGUUUGUUCUGCUUGGCUUUUUGCUCGGAAUCGUGUCCUCUUACCCCAUCUCCGACAGGACUAAUGCAACUCUACUGGAGAAAAGCUGGGAGACGCUCUUCUCCCGCUCAGUUUUGGGGAUCUCGAUGGACAAAUCGGACCUGAACUGGGAGAGUGACUAUUUGAUGGGUAUUAAGAGAGUGCGGAGGCUGUACUGCAACGUGGGCAUCGGGUUUCACCUGCAGGUCCUCCCAGACGGCAGGAUAAACGGUGUACAUAAUGAGAACCAGUACAGUGUGAUAGAAAUCUCAGCGGUAGAGAGAGGGGUUGUUAGUCUGUACGGCGUGAAGAGCGAGCUUUUUGUCGCAAUGAGCAGCCGCGGAAGGUUGUACGGAACGAGGGUCUUCCGUGACGAGUGCAAGUUCAAGGAGAUGCUGCUGCCCAACAAUUACAACACAUACGAGUCUUCCAUUUACAAGGGCUUUUAUAUCGCCCUCAGCAAACAUGGCCGCUUGAAGCGAGGCUACAAGGCCUCCCCAGUGAUGACUGUCACACAUUUCCUUCCACGUUUGUUAGCAAAACUUGCAAAAACACAAUAAUUUGCACAUGUUGGAUGUUCUCGUGGCUAACCUAAACACGUGAGGUGAACUGCAAAGAACAAAAAUAACACUUACAGUAUUUAUUCUCGUUGAAAUAAUGAUAUAUGUAUAUUUCCGUAUCUUGUGUCGGAACUGUGUAAAUGCUGUCCUUCGCUGCUUUUGAUUUCUGUUAUGAGUGAGAGGUGGAGAGCUUUUUUGCCCUCUAACUUUAUGGGUGCUUGCCAUAACUGGUGUAAACUUUAGCUGGCCAUAGGAAUGACGAACAUCCUCAGCUUUUAGAAGUGAAAUGAAUACUUUUUAUUACCUCAAAGAGCCACGUCUGCACAGAAGUAUUUGAAAGGUACAGUGGGAAGAAUAAAUAUUGGUUUACUCGGAUCUUCAUUUGUAUCACCUUUGAAGAUGAAAGCAUUUAUUUUCUGCAGUUAUUCCUGUUUCGUGAUUAGUUGGUGCCUUAUAGCUACUGAUAUUUUGGCUCGUUUUAUUCGUAUGCAAUGAAGACAUGCCACUGUUAUGACUUUAUAGUUCCUUCUGUCAAAUGGAGGCUUUAAUGUCUUCUAAGAUUAGUUUAUGAUCCAUAUUUAUAUCACAGGCUUGGAGAUUAAAGACGGCUUGCAUGGAUCUUUAUUGAUACUCAGAAAAGUGUACCGUUUAUCUGUAAUGUUUUUGAUUUUGAAUGAAAAAAGAUAUUUGGAAAAAUGUCAGCAACUGACAUUUCUGGGACAUCGACUACCAUAGUAGGAACAAUUUAAAUGGUAGUCAAAUGUGCCCUAUAUCUGUUUGCUUUCCUAAAUUCUUGACUUUUCUACUAUGGUAGUCAAUGAUGUCCCAGAAAUGUCAGUUGCUAACAUUUUUCCAAAUAUCUUUCUUUAUAUUCAACAGAACAAAGAAAUGUAUACAGGUUUGGACAGCCUUGAGGGUGAGUGAAUUAAGACAGAAUUUUCAUUUUUGGGUGAAGUAUCCCUUUAACCUCUAAAAUAGUGACUGAUCUCCAUUGAGGUGUUAGGAAUUUAAUCUCACCAACAUGUUGACUACAUACUUGAACUCCAUCAAAAAGUCUUUGGAAUGUAAAAAACGGUCUUCUGUUUAAGAUAACAUCAUUUGUUCAUUUAUGCUUAAACAGCAAACACUAUCCAACUACUAACUUCCAGACUCAAUGAACAGUCAGAUUUGAAGAAUUCGGUAUCUUUAGGCAUUCCCCCUCCAUAGCUUACAAAGUUUUUGUAGUUCUUUAGUUUUAUAAUUUAUUUGCAAAUUUUCAGUCAAAGAAAGGCUGAGGCUCUCAUUUGUGAAGAAUCUUUUGUAACGUUUUAGUUCAAACUACAACAAUCAAGAUGUCUUUGUACAUCUGUAUGUACACUUGUAUCCUUUGUGCAAGUCAUGUUAGAACAUGUUGGAUUUGUGUGUCACAGCCGCAAUGUGCAAGAGCGAAGGAAAGGUUUGCUGAUCAGAGCUUUACCACUGCGGUUGAACAGUUAAAGGUUACAACGUAUCGACUUACCUUGCAUUCUCUCUUGCACUAAUGGCUCUGCUAUUUAGUUCAGCAGAAUACUUGACAUUGAUAUUUUGAGUUAAUAAUAAUGGAAAGAAGAUUCAUUUCUACUGAGAUGUUUGAGUCAGGUACACUGAUAUGCAGAUGGUUAUACAAUAUGCUUACUAAGUGUGUUUGAGUUUUAAAGGGGAAGUGUGUGAUUUGUGCACCAUAGAAUUGCAAUUUGCUUGUUUUAUAACAUUUUCUCAAGCAUCUGUUUGUCAAACAAUGGAAACUUUUGUGUUUGGAAACAUUAUUUUUGCAAUUCAUUCUGGUUGAGCUAGUUGCAUAAAAAUGACACACUUACCCUUAAAAAAUUUAAAUUCAAAUUGCUUUGGUAAUUUUCGAGAAAUUAGUUAUUUUCAACUUUAUUGUGUUGAAAGGAUGAACUUUAUACGGUAUGAUCUUCAGUUGGAUCUUGAGUCUAUGGAUUUAAAACUCUUUGUACCCCAAAUAUAGGCAUGCAAUGUGAUUGCUUUAAUGAAAAAUGUCAAAAUGACUGCUUUGUACUGUAUGUGAUGGCCUAUGUUAAUUUAUUGAUAUGUAUCUCCACUGUACUGUCCUUUGUCACAUUUCAGAUCUCUUUAUACUUAGGUAAAAUGAAUAGAAUUUUGCAUGGAUUGUAAUGCAAAAUGUUGGACAGAAAUGUUGUAUCUAGAAGUUAAGCCCUCAAAACAAAACAGCUAUCUCUCAUGCAAGUUCCACCAGUUUUUUGUACUGUAUCUCUAGCUUAAACGGCCCCAUUUGUGGCUUGCAGGAUGACUGUAAGGGGUGGUGCGUGUGUGUGUGUAUGCAGCAUUUGUGUUCUUUCUCAGUUUUGUAUUCCUGCACAGAGGGGCGGACGCCCCCUCCAAAUUCCCCUCCUAUUUUCUAUCAUAUACCUCACCUUCUGCCUUAGUUCCAAUUUGUUGAGAUGAUUGUACGAUUUGUUGGAGACAACACACUUUUUGCCAAUCAUUUUGUUUCUAAUCUCUAAAAAAAAGAAAAAGUGAGAAUUCUAAUAUAUUAAGAAAAUGUUUCCUUUUAUUUUUAUACGUAUAUGUGCUGUGCACAGCAGCCAACUGUAUUACUGAAAUGA